UCAUUGUCUUCUUGGAGCUUUUGGAGUACACUUCCACUAAAGUUAUAGCAUGCUUGAAUGGUUUAUUUCACCAGUAUUUGCUUAUGGAAAUAAAGGGGAGUGGCCGAGGGGAAAGGAGAAGAGGAGUGGAGGAGGGGUUUGAGGCUGAGGGAGGCUCUGACCACAGCACAGAGCACCGGCAACUUUGUCUAAUGUGAUCAUUAACCUUCCUGCAAAACACAGCUGGCAGUUCUCUGAGGUUUGUCAUUAGAAUGUGAAGACAGCCACACAGAUAUUGCACAGACUAUUUACAGAUCGUUUGGUUUACAUUGAGAGUCAUUGCUCCACUUUUGUGCGGUAGGAAAAUGAGAUUUCAGCAAUUCCUUUUUGCAUUUUUUAUUUUUAUUAUGAGUCUUCUCCUUAUCAGCGGACAGAGACCAGUUAAUUUGACCAUGAGAAGAAAAUUGCGCAAACACAAUUGCCUUCAGAGGAGAUGUAUGCCUCUCCAUUCACGAGUACCCUUCCCCUGAGAUCUCUCUAGCUAACUUUACUGGAUCUGUCAGAAGAAGAAGAGGAGUGAAGGAAAGACAUCCAGCCACACAAAAUAACUUCAUGAUGCCAAGAGCAUGAUUGCUUAGAAGUUCCUACACAAAAAAAAGGAUCAUUUGAAAGCACCUGGAAUGGUUUAUUAGCUUCACAGGAUUUUAUUCUUCUUGGCUUCUAUUUGGAGGGAAAACAACAUAAAUUCAAAAGGAUUCCAAUCUGAAGCCCAAAUUGUUUGCCUACAUAACAAAAAUAUCUCAUUUCCUGCACAUUAUUAUUCUCUUAAGGGUUAAAAAGAAAAUACCUUUUAGUGUCUUAGAACUCUCUCAUGGUAAAAAGUGCAAGAAGUUAAAAUGUUGCUUUCAUAUUCCUAUAAUUCUUCGAAGUAUUAACUUUGUAUAUGUUUGAGUGAUUUUCUAAAAACUGCUCAACCUGAAGUCAAUUGCAUUGACCAUUUGGCUUCUCACAAUAGGGAGAAAAUAAUUGGUUCAUUGAUUAUAUAUAGAGAAAGACUAAGAAAAGCUAUUAAUUGCUACCAAUUUUAUGAUAAGCUUUAAGGUUUAUGAAAGUAUGAUUUUUUUAUUUAAUGAGUAAUGUCCAUUUGAAGUUGAAAGAAAACAUAAAAUCCUAAUUGUAGUUCAUUUUAUGUCCAAAUGAAACCAUUGUCUUUGUUUUUGUUUUGAAACAGAGUCUCUCUCUGUUGCCCAGGCUGGAGUGAAGUGGCACGCUUUUGUCUCACUGCAACCUCCACCCCCCGAGUUCAAGUGAUUCUCGUGCCUCAACCUCCCAAUUAUAGGCUGGGAUUACAGGUGUGCACCACUACACCCAGCUAAUUCUUGUAUUUUUUGUAGAGAUGAGGUUUUACCCUGUUGCCCAGGCUGGUCUUAAACUCAGGCUGGAACCAUUCGUUUUUUAACCUUUCUCAUCAUGUAAUUAUAAGAACCCAAUGUUUGAUUUCCUUUGAAGUUUUGUUAUGUCCUUUAUUAUUUUGUAUAGAUAAUUUCUUAAAAAGUCUUACUUAAAGUCGACAUCUAAAAUACAGUUAUGCCAAUGAAGUCUCACUCAGGGUGAUACCUGUAUCUAAAAGAUGAGUGCUCAUCAUCCUAUUAGGCUUUGUCUUGGUGUUGUUCAUCCUGAGAUGCUGAGACAUGGAAAUAAAAAAUCAGAAGGAAUUUAGGGAUAUGAUUACUCAAAAAAGAAACUAUCCUGUCUAAAUUUGAAUUGUGUUGAUAACUAGGUGUUCCCCAGAUGCUAAGAUGUUCUUAAUUUGUAUUUAUUGAAGGAUUGUUAGCUUAGUGCCACAGAAUUUUUCUUACUUUAUGUUUCUUACUUUAUGUUUAUUCCAGAUAAGAAAUUUACAUACAUGUCUUUUUUUUUUUUUUUUUUUUUUUAAGAUGCGAUCUGGCUCUAUUACCCAGGCUAAAGUGUAGUGGCAUGAUCUAGGCUUAACCUCCACCUCCCUGGCUCAAGCGAUCCUUCCACCUCAGCCUCCCGAGUACCUGGGACUACAGGCACUCACGGCCACACCUGACUAAUUUUUGUAUUUUUUGUAGAGAUGGGGUAUCUCCAUGUUGCCCAAGUUGGUCUCAAACUCAGGCUGGUGAGCUCAAGUGAUCCACCUCCUUGGCCUCCCAAAAUACUGGGAUUACAGGCAUGUGCCACCAUGCUGGGCCACAAGUUCAUAUCUGGAGUAGAAGUUUUACUUUGUAAAUAUUAUAAAGUAGAAGAAACCAUAAACCAUUAACCCUUAUUUUGCUAAAAUGAAAGGUUGGGGUUAAUAUAAAUGUAAUUUUAAAUAGAAAAUCUGACAACACUAUGGAGUUUGUCUUCCUUUCAAAGCUUAUUAAAAGUGUCUUUGCGGAUGAAUGGUACUUUCCACAAGUGCAUUUGAGUAGAAACAUAACCUAUUCUCAGUUAUAUUUAUGUUUAAAACAUGUACUUGUUUGUAUAUUUUGUACUGAAAAAAGAAAACACUUUAUAGUCAAGAUACAUCUCAUUCAAUACAAGUCUAAACUCUUUCAAGUACAAAUUCGCAUAUUCACAGAAAAAGUUACAAAUCGGUUUUACCAUUGUAAAGUAAUGAAAUGGUUAUACAUUUCUUAAUUGUUCAAUAAAACACUCAAUGAUUUGCA